AGUUUGCAUAUCAGUGCAAUACGUGUGUUCUGGACACUGGCACGUGUAUGAGAAUUCUGCUUGAUUCGUCACUUAAAAAUGUUCUCAAUAAGAUUUGUAGCGACUUUGUUUCUACUAGUUUUAUUUGUACUGGUAAAGGAUACUUAUGGAGCACAAGCUAUAAGAAAACCUGUUCCUAAACCGGCCGAAUUUGCCGACCAAGAAGGAUGCUAUGAUCCAGACUUGAAUAAAGUACUCGCCUUUAACAUACCAUACUCACCUCCAGACAAGUGUUCUAGAUAUUUGUGCAAAGAAAACGGAGACAUUAUCAUUAGCACUUGCGGUGCCAUAUACGUGCCGGAAGGUGAGGUUCUGCUGAAAGGAAACAUAGCACUGCCUUAUCCGGAUUGCUGCGACUCUAUCGAUAUGUCUCAUAAACCUAAAAAUUCCUAAAAUGUAAAACAUAUUAUGUUGUACAUACUAAUAUGCUUAAAAAUAUAUCGUUUUCUUAACAAUA